UCUAAUCUAGAUUUGACAGAUGCGCCGCGAGAAAUGCAGAAGAAGAAGAAAAAGUAGAACAAGGAGAAGGAAGGCAAAUGCGGUCGAGUUUUGACAGCUAAAUAACCUGUCUAAGACUGACUUUUUUUAAGUAUACUCUUUGUUUUACAUGUGCUCUUAUUUACUUAUGUGCUUUGUCAUUAACAUGUUGUUUUAAAAGCCAUUGUGACAGUUUUACACUCUAGGCAGUAGGUGGCGGUAAUUCACCUUAGUGUUGGUUUAACAAUUGCCAAUAAAUAUCAAAGAGGAAGAAGACUCGCAAGACAAGAACGAAGUACAAUCACUUUAUUGAAGACGUGACGGACGUAACUGGCGAUAAAUAACAUUUCGACAUGGAGACAAUAGUAGAAAAGCUGGAGGUCAUGUUCUCCAAGUCGGAAGCUCAGUUGGACUACAUUGAGAACCGCCUCAAGCUGGAGCUCAUCAACCACACAGCAGAGAAUGGGUGUUUCUCAGAGGAGAACCCCGUCAUGAUGCUGGACAGACUGAGAGCCGUUAAAGCCAAGCACAAAGUUUUGUUCUCCCAGAUGUCAGAGAUUGCAGCUGCACAAAAUGAGUGCAUGUUCUCCAUCAGAAACAAAGUCAACGGUGUCAUCCCGCUGAUGCAACACUUUCAACAGACUGGCGUGGAGGUUCCCUGCCUGAUUGAGUCAGUGCUGAAGUUGGAAGAACUCUCCAAUAAUCGUGUUGGUGAGACCCUUGCUAAGUUUCACCCUUUUGAAUGUCAUUAAACCUGCUGACAACGCUCAUCGGUCUCCAGAGUCGUGACGUAAGAAAGUGACUUUCUUCACUUGUUGAAGAUGGAGCGCAACACCAAGCCAACAGACCAACAGCACCUGUGCAAACAAAAAAGACUGCACCUUCACACAUAAUGUAAAUGUUGACAGGACUAAGCAGGGGCCACAGUUAAUAAGGCAAAGGGAUCCAUUCUUUCUCCAAUGUGGGCCGCAAACAAACACAAAAAACCUAUAGAAUGCGAGAGCCAUGUUAUAUAUUUAUAUUUGUCACUUUGGUUUAUUGAAAAUACUAUUAAAUAUGUAUCUCAAUACUAAUAAGAUACACUAUAUA